CGCCAAUCCAUCAAUAAGGGUUACCUUUCGUUAAAAACUUGAAACAUAUGCUCACACACAGCAACUAUGAAGUGAUCAUAAUAAACCCACAAAACCCAAACCAAACCGAAACCAGAACAAUGGAGUCAUCAGCUUCUUCCUUUCAACCAGUAUCGCCUAUCCAUCUUGCGUUGGCGGCCUUGUUCGGAGCCUCGGUAAUGGCGGUCUCCGCCUUCUACAUCCACAAGCGCAGCCUCGACCAAGCUCUCGAACGCCUCAUCAAAAUCCGCCGCCAAUCCCCUCCCUCCGCCGCCGACGACGCCGAUCAUUUCGCCUCCGAUGACGAGGAACACGAAGAUCACGACGGAGGCGGAGAGAUUGACAACGACAUCGAUACGAGUAUGUGGAGGCAGAGACUGCCAAGGCCGCCAAGAAAUGAGAACGCGCUUCAUAGUUACAGAGUCUCGUCUUCGAUGCCGAAUGUCGGUUUAUCGAGUGAAUGGUUGGAUGAUGAUGAGCGGCCAAUGCAAUUCCAAGCAUCUUCUUUCGACAAACUCAAUUUCAUUCCCUCUGGUUUACCUCCUCUUCAACCGGCUCCAAAAGAUGGAGAGGAUCAAUCUGUUAAUAAAUCUGCUUCUAAGAUGUGGGUGGGUUCUGGUGGUAGGCUAAUGACUCCUAGAUCCUCCGGUGGCUAUGCAUUUGAAAGUGCUGGAGAUUCUGAUGAGGAAGGAACUGACAAUGCGGCUGGAGAGGACACACUUUUUACUUAUCAGAACAUCAAUUCUUCAACUGAAUAUAUGAAUGACAGCUAUUCAAACAUUCAGAAUUCAUCCAUUGCUCCAUCAAAAACUGACAUUGGGAACCGUACUCAAGAUGAGAAAUGUGGUAAAAUUGAAAAUGGAGCUGAAGCCUAUGCUGAUCAACAUGGCAAUGAAAAGGUAGAUACAGCUGCAGUGCACAAUUUGUGGAAUGAUCCUAUUUUUGCCAACACUAUUCCUUUGACAACUGCAGCGCAUGAGUCCGUGAAUACUGAAGAGGAAGAGGUACGGAAGAUGCUUCGUGAGUGUUUAGAUCUGCGGGAGAGUUAUCUUUACAGGGAAAAAGUAGCUCCGUGGAUGAAUGCAACUAUUGGAGAAUCUUGUGAAUCAGAGACGAAGAGUGAUCCAUUUCACUUUGUCCCCGUUGAAGCAACUGCUCACACCUUUAGGAUGGAAGAUGGAGUUGUACAUGUUUAUGCAAGUGAAAACGACUUGACAGAUCUGUUUCCUGUUGCGAGUUCGACGACUUUUUUCACUGAUAUGCAUCACCUUCUGAAAAUUAUGUCCAUUGGAAAUGUUCGCUCUAUGUGCCAUCAUCGACUGCGGUUUCUUGAGGAGAAAUUCCGCCUUCAUCUGUUAGUAAAUGCAGAUCGGGAGUUUCUUGACCAGAAAGGUGCACCCCAUCGUGAUUUCUACAAUAUCAGAAAAGUUGAUACGCAUGUGCAUCAUUCUGCUUGCAUGAACCAGAAACAUCUUCUGCACUUUAUUAAGACAAAAUUAAGAAAAGAACCGGAUGAGGUUGUCAUAUUCCGUGAUGGAAUUUAUUUUACACUCAAGGAAGUUUUCGAGAGUUUGGAUUUAACAGGGCAUGAUCUUAAUGUUGAUCUUUUGGAUGUUCAUGCUGACAAGAGUACCUUCCAUCGAUUUGAUAAAUUCAAUCUGAAGUAUAAUCCCUGUGGACAGAGCAGACUGAGAGAGAUCUUUCUAAAGCAGGAUAAUCUCAUCCAAGGUCGUUUCCUAGGAGAAGUGACAAAGCAGGUUUUGUCAGAUCUUGAAGCAAGUAAAUACCAGAUGGCUGAAUACAGAGUGUCGAUAUAUGGAAGGAAACAAAGUGAAUGGGAUCAACUAGCAAGUUGGUUCAUUAACAAUGCAAUUUAUAGCGACAAUGCUGUUUGGCUAAUCCAGUUACCACGGCUAUACAACGUGUACAAGAGCAUGGGAAUCGUUACAUCCUUCCAGAAUAUUUUAGAUAAUGUGUUCAUUCCACUUUUUGAGGUCACAAUUGAUCCAAACUCUCAUCCUCAAUUACACGUGUUCCUAAUGCAGGUUGUGGGUUUGGACCUUGUAGAUGAUGAGAGUAAACCAGAAAGACGUCCAACCAAACACAUGCCCAAGCCGUCUGAAUGGACGAAUGAGUUCAAUCCCGCAUACUCUUAUUAUGCUUAUUAUUUCUAUGCGAACUUCUAUACGCUCAAUAAGCUUCGUGAAUCAAAAGGUUUGCCAACAAUCAGAUUCCGGCCUCACUGUGGAGAGGCAGGUGACAUUGACCAUUUGGCUGCUGCUUUCCUUCUAUGCCAUAAUAUUUCUCAUGGUAUCAAUUUGCGGAAGUCUCCCGUCUUGCAGUAUCUGUAUUAUCUUGCUCAGAUUGGAUUGGCGAUGUCUCCACUGAGCAAUAAUUCCCUUUUCCUUGAUUAUCACCGGAACCCGUUUCCUAUUUUCUUCCAGCGUGGCUUAAAUGUUUCACUCUCAAGUGAUGAUCCCCUGCAAAUCCAUUUAACAAAAGAACCUCUUGUAGAAGAAUAUAGUGUUGCAGCAAAGGUAUGGAAGCUCACUUCCUGUGACCUCUGUGAGAUAGCAAGAAAUUCUGUCUAUCAGUCUGGAUUCUCGCAUGCAGCUAAGUUGCAUUGGCUUGGUAGUAAGUAUUUCAAGAGAGGACCUGAAGGAAAUGAUAUUCAGAAGACAAAUGUACCCAAUAUGAGAAUUUCGUUUCGUCACGAGACAUGGAAGGAAGAGAUGCAACAUGUGUACUCAGGAAAAGCCAGGCUUCCUGAAGAAAUAGAAAUUUGAAGGGAAUGGAGUCAUAGGAAUGAAGCCAAAUUUUGAUUACGGUUAUAUACGAUGCUCUCGAAUCCUGGUUCGAAAUUUGGAUAUGGUUUGAGGUCCGUCUCAGCAUGGGUUAGGCUUUCCAAAAUUUGAGGCCAUUGCCUUUUCCUCAUUGUCUACUACUUCAAUAUGGAUAACAACUAGUAACAACAAAGGUGAAAAUUAUGCAAAAUUGUGAGGUCUCUCUCUGGUGCAAUCACGCACAGCCAAUUUUGGUCAUAAGUUUGUAUUUUCUAUAAGCCUUGUAUAAUUGGGUUUGAUCUGAAGGCGUCUCAAAAUGAGCAGGUCAUGAUAUUAAGCUUGUGAAAAUGGUUAUUAAUAUUUAUUUCUUUCUCA